AUCCACUCCCAGAGCAUCGCAAAGGCCUGAUAGCCGCCUCAGUGGUAAGGAUCACACCGUGCGCUCUGAGGAGGCAUCAAGUGGGCGCCCUUUUGCUGUGAUUUCCUCCGCCUUGGCUCCCCUUCCACCAUGACGCUUCGCCCUCAUCGACUCACCCCGACAGAGUUGAGCAUCGCUGUGUCUGAAGACGACGGCCUUGAGCCUUCUGCCUCGACUCCACCUCCCUCGUUUCCCUUAGCCUCGAGCUCAGUACCUCUUUGCAGGCGCGACCCAGCCACCGCUUCUCCAAUGACGCUUCCUGAGCAUGCAUUCUUCGAUCUCAUCGUCAUCGGCGCAGGACCCGCGUCGCUAGCGCUAGUCGCAAGGUUGCUGGAAGAACGUCCAGCCGCCAUCUAUACGGAAGACGAGCAUCGCCACUUGCAUUGGCUCAAAAAGUCUGGCAAAGCUGGUAACAUCUCGCGCGCACGCACCAUCAAGACGCGCGCCCGUGGCUCUGAGCGAGUGAUCAGCACCGCAGACGACAAGUCGGGCUACGGAAGCAGGGCAGCAGCAGCAGCUGCUGCUGCUGCUGAUACGGAUGGUGAUGAUGAUCGAGAUUGCGAGUGUCAAGGUUUGAUGCGCAUUCUCGUCAUCGAUCGCCUGGGCGGUUGGAUGAAGCAGUGGGACAACGCUUUCCGAGCAUUGCAGCUCGAACACCUUCGAUCGCCGCUAUUUUUUCACCCUGCACCAGCAGAUUUGGAUGCUUUGCUGGCCUUUGCCGAGAGACACGGAUGCGCGUCAUGCCCCGACGCCGACCACAACGCAUCCGGCAGCCUGACAAAACCCUCUCGUGCCGAACGAAGGCAGCGCAGAAGGCAAGACGGAGAGACUGCAGAGAGCUUGCGCGCCGAGCAUCAUCAUCGGCACGUCGCUCCGCCAGGCUACAGCUUGAGAGAGAUUGCAAAUUGUGUGGGCAAGGAGAUUUCGAAGCAUCGCAUCAAGAGCAGGCAAAAGAGGCAAGGCAAAGCUCAUUCUGCAGGUCAGCCUGCUGCCAUCGACGCGACGAGUGCACAAGGCAUAGAUGCGACAGCGGGCUAUGCUAGGAUGCUGCGCGACAUCGGUCCAGCAGUCAACGAGCGCGACCGCAAGGACUAUCACGUGCCAUCCACCAAGCUCUUUCGAGACUUCGUGCAGCAGGAGGUGGUCGAAAGAUAUGGCCUGGAUGGGGAAUGGCGCGACGCGCACAAAGUUUGGAAAGGCGACAAUGGCCACCCUCAUGGCGGCGUUGAUUCAGCUUCUAAAGCUCAAACGAAUGCAUCAUCACCAAUCACCUUGGCUAAAGGUGAGGUGUCCGAGCUGCAUUGGGGAGAACUCCACGUCGAGGGCUGGGACCACAUGCAAGGAUUUUGCAUCAAGACUGAAGACGGCUCUCAAUUGGGCUCUAAAGCUGUCGUCUGCGCAUUGGGAAUGGCUGGUGGUCCAGCUCUACCGCAAUUCAUCACGCGCCCCCAGUCGCCGUCAUGCGCUGGAGAUGGCUGGUGUCAUUCAAGUGCCAUCUUCAACCCCUCGUACCAAUUCCCUCCUGCAGCCUCCAAAGUGCGAGGCAAGACUUGCGUGAUCGUCGGGGGCGGGCUGACCACUGCACAAACGGCCGAUCUCGCGCUUCGUCGCGGCUUUGACCACGUCGAGGUCAUCAUGAGGGGCCACAUGAAGGUCAAGCCUUUUGACAUUGGCUUGGAAUGGAUGGGCAGAUAUGCGAAUCUUGCAAAAAUGCGUUUCUUUCAAGAGGAAGAUGCAGCUACACGGUUGGCCAUGGUGCGAUGUGCGCGUCAAGGAGGCUCGAUAACACCACCCUGGGCGGCUCGAUUGCGCGCUCUGGAGCAGCAAGGCAAGGUGACGAUUCGCACGCACACUAAGGUGGACGAUGCAGUCUAUGACAAGCAAUAUGGUCAGUGGGAUCUCAAGCUCUGCACCAAAAUGCCACUUCCUCGCAAGAAGUGCGACGCUUGCGAGCUUCACAAAGAGCCAGAGGUGCAAAUGCACCGCGUACGAGCCGCGUUUAUGGUCUGUGCGACGGGAAGUCAGCAGGGCUUCUCUGCUCUACCAUUUGCCAAGGCAUUUGCGCUGGCGAAUCCUUUGCCCGAAGCGGGAGGCUUGCCGUGUCUGACGGACAGCUUGCAGUGGGGCAGAGAAGUGCCACUGUUCUUCGUCGGUGCGCUUGCUGGGCUACAGAUCGGACCUGCAGCUGGAAAUCUUGGCGGUAUGCGAGAAGCAGCGGAGAGGGUUGCUGUGCGUCUUGGAGAGCUCUCUCUCGGCAUUCCACCGAGCCCAGCAUUAUUGUCCGGCACUGUCCUCCCAUCCCAAGACAGAAAGAGCACGAUUGGCAGCAAAGCGGACGUGGGCACGGAGUCGCGCGGAAGUGAUCACGCCUCACACCUUGGAUUCACUCACUUCGGCUUCGAGACGCUGCCAGUCGAAGUCUAGUUGCCUGGCUAAAUUUGCACCACGAGAGCAUAACAGAGUCGGUGCCACGCCCG